AUUAUCCUCUGCAUGCAGUAAUGUAAACACCUCUUUACUUGCUGACUUUCCAGGCAUGGAAGGGUGGAUGAAACUCAGUGAAACCCUGGUUAUGGGAAAAGAUAGAAAUGAGACAUUGGGCAAAUGGACAGGACUGGACUGACAACAGUGGGGGCUGGCUUCUCAGAAAGAACAGAAACUAAAUAUCCGUCACUGGAAAAUGUUGCUGGUUCCAACUUAAUGUAUUGUGAGGGUCCUAUCCUAUUUCAUCAAUGAAAAUAAGUGAGCAGUCCCAGUCUAAACGGUCAUGUGAUGUCAUUUGUGAUGAUGUCAUAAGAACUAAAGUAACAAUGAGAGAAAUUCUGGAAGUUUGAAUUUGUGCACUGACUAGCAACCACUUUCAAUGUUUCAUCACUUCGGCAAACCUGGAGAAGGGUUCCAAGUGCCGAUUCCGUCACUGUGAAAAAGCCCUUGGCAGUGAGAUUGUGUGCUCAUUAUGGAGAGAGGGAAGAUGUUCACAUCAGCUUUGCCAAUUUAGACAUAUGGAAAUACAGCAAAAAUACAACAGAAUCUCAUGUUUCUGGGAAACACAGCCUUUAGGCUGUGUGAGGAUCAGUUGUGUCUUCCAUCAUAGCAAACCUCGUAAUAUAAAUGGACUUUUUUUGCCACCUAGUAGCAAUGCCACACUCCAAAAGGAAGUUCAAGAAGGAACUCUGCAUCCUGCCCACACUCAAGAACCCGUAAAAGGUCAAGAAAGCAUUUUGAGACCCAUUCAUCCUCCACUGAUCAUAAACAUCAGCCUGGAGGAGGAAGAGGAAGAGGAAGAAGAGGAGAACUAUACCUCUUAUUUAUUGACAAAAACUCCGGCAGACAUUGAGGAAGAAAAAGCAAUAAAGGAGAUGUGUUAUAAAUCUGUAGGAGAAUAUUACAGAAUUCAGACUCCUCAGGAGAACCAGUCAGCAAAAAUCAUGUCUUCAGCACUGAAUAAUGAGCUAUUGAAACCCAUGGAAACUGGCAGAGACUUACAAGAAGGAGAUGGUGUUACAGUUCCAACAAAGUUUAAUAUUAUAGAAAGACAAGGAGAGGUAACAGCAUCAUUAGAUGGUAACACCAGGACUGAUCCUGGUGCCUUUGAAAAUGGAGGAGGUGAUUGUUAUAUACCACAAAGGAGUAUAUUUGUUGGAGGGAAGCAAAGUGAAACAUUAACUGGAGAAAAAGAAUUAAUUACGUCCAGACGUUCAGAUGUGAAAGCAAUGAGCCACACUGAGCCAGUAAAGAAGCGUCACUUUAAAGGAGUGAAGAAAAAGAAAUGGAUUUCUGAAGAACCAAAAAACUCAUUCAGCAUGUUUGCAGGCAAAGCAAUGCAUGCUUCGAAUCCAAAAGGUAAAGCAAAUUGCCAACAAAAUGAUCAAAGCAAAGAUGCUGAAAAUACUUCUUAUGUUCCAUCUCAAAGAGCCAUUGGGAGAAGCAUUUCCUUGAAUUCUCCAGAACCUGGAAGAUCAACAAACAUGACCUACAGUAAUGUCAGUGUUACCAAAGAAUCCAAGCCGAAUCCAUCUACAGACAAAUGGACUGCAGCAUCCUAUAAUUCACCAGCGUGGAGAAAAAGAAGCCCACAUACAAAAGCAUACUCUAAAUCUGAAAAAAUCCAUUCAGAUCCAAGAAGAAAUGGAAGCAAGUGAAAAAGAGAAAGGAAGAGACUUUGAGAAAAUAAAGAAGUGAAGUACAAUCCAUCAUACAAUUUACAAUAAAAAAUGAUAAAAAUGCAAAUUCAAGAAAUGAGAUUAUCACAUGCUUCACACUGGAGAUCCAAAGAUGAUAAAAUGCAAUUUCUAAAAAUAAGAUGCAGGAAGUGUACACUGUAUGGUUUCAAAACUGAUAAAAACGCAAAUUAAAAAAAACCUACAUACUGCUUGUGUAUUUAUGAGGUCUGCAGUCUAUUCAGUAUAGUGCUGAAGUUUAACCUAGUUUGAAAGUUGGACUAUUCAAGUCAUUUUUAACUGUGAUCCUGGCUGUAAAGUACAGAUUGAUUCUAAACCAGAUCUUUGAUCUCUACAGGGAAAAGAUCCUUGAAUGCAGCCUCCUUCCAUUUUGUUUGCCCAAAUGCUGUAGUACAUACUUAAUAAUGAGAAUGGAUGUGGCUAGCUGGAUUUAGUGAAGCAGAGCAGCAGUUCAGAGACAGUCUUGAUCUGUAAGAUAGACAGUCUUGAUAAACAGGCAAAGACAGUUUUGAUCUGUAUGAUAGGGUCUG